UAUUUGUUGCUUUCCAACUCAUUGUAGAUUCUGAUUACAGCUGGCCUCUCGAUCGUUUAACACCUUGUAAAAAAAUUGGCAGCCCUCGUUAUAUCUGCCGUGGCAAACCCGAGGAUCGAGAUAGCCUCUGAUAACGGCAGUGCUCGCAUUAUUUCUCCAACGUUUGCACGUUUUUUGAUAACGCAAACAAAGCCAACAAAAACAAUUCAUCAUCGAAAUUUAAAAAAGCUGUCAUUGUCAAUUUUCCCGCGCAAUGUACCAUAGUGCAAUGUAUUUUUUUUAAAGUGAACAUGGCGAAGGUGAUGCAGACUUUGAACGCGUAUUUACUGGAUACGUCCAGAUGUUGUAGUUCGGUUGACAGGUUGAAGCAUUUCUGUCUUUGUCGCAAAUAUCAAGGAGAUCAGGAACAACUACGUCAACGUAAAGAGGCUGAGGAGCGGAUCGCUGCACAGAAUGAGUUCCUGCGAACUUCAUUGCGCGGCUCACACAAGCUGCAGGCGCUCGAGUCCACACCUGCGGGCACUGCAUUUGUCAAUGAUGCCUACGAAGAAGAUAUCGAUGAAGUAUCACCAUUAUAUACUAUUAUUGACUACGAGGAUGUGAUAGCGGCUCUCUCGCGGCUGCAGUCUGCACUACAGGCGGCGGGUGUGGGAUGUGCGGGGGCGGCGCGGGGCGCGGCGGGCGCAGCGACGCUGCUGGCGGCGGCGGGGAGUCCCCUGCGCGCCGCACUGCGCACGCGCUCCGCCGUGCUGCGCGUGCGACCAUUACCGCCACCUGUCGGCCGCGCGGGGGACAGGCUUAGAGAUUGUAUAGACUCGCUGCGCCCCCUGGCGGCGAGCGGGGAGAGCGCGGCGCUGGCGGCGGAACUGCUGGCGCUGCUGGGCAGCCUGGAGCUGGAGAGCCUUGCGCAGGCGCACGACCAGGCCGCCACGCUGCUCGACCCCGCCUGCUUUUCGCGGACCAACAAAUAUAAGACUGGAAACGCGGAUCACAAAAACGGAGAUAAAGCGCUCGCGUCCGAUGACGCAAGCGAACAAAUUAAAAUCAUCAAAAUAGAGAAGACUAAUGAACCACUUGGUGCUACAGUGAGGAACGAGGGCGAGGCGGUGAUCAUCGGCAGGAUAGUGCGCGGGGGCGCCGCGGAGAAGUCCGGCUUGUUGCACGAAGGAGACGAGCUGCUGGAAGUGAACGGCGUGUCAAUGAGGGGCAAGUCAGUGCACGAGGUAUGCCAGGUGCUAGGCGCGCUGGCGGGCACGCUGACCGUGGUGCUGGCGGCGGCGGGCACGCGCACCACGCAGCCGCAGCGCGCCGCGCACCGCGUGCUGCACGUGCGCGCGCACUUCGACUACGACCCCGAGGACGACGUAUACAUACCAUGUCGAGAACUAGGCAUAAGUUUCCAGAAGGGCGACGUGCUGCACGUGAUCAGCCGCGACGACCCCAACUGGUGGCAGGCCUUCCGCGAGGGCGAGGAGGACCAGACCCUGGCCGGUCUCAUCCCCAGCCAGGCCUUCCAGCAUCAACGUGAGUCUAUGAAGUUGACGCUGGCGGGCGAGGCGGCGGCGCGGGACAAGCCGCGCAAGGGCGGCACGUUGCUCUGCGCCAAGAAGCCGCCGCGCAAGAAGAAGACCAAGAAGGCCACCAGCGAGGCCGGGUACCCGCUCUACUCCACCGCCGCUGGGGAAGAGUACGAGCAGGAGGAGAUCCUGACGUACGAGGAGGUGGCGCUGUACUACCCGCGCGCCUCACACAAGCGCCCCAUCGUGCUCAUCGGACCUCCCAACAUCGGCCGCCACGAGCUGCGUCAGCGCCUCAUGGAGGACGCCGCGCGCUUCGCCGCCGCCGUGCCGCACACGUCGCGCCCGCGCAAGGAUCACGAGGUGCCGGGACAGGACUACCACUUCAUCUCCCGCACGCAGUUCGAGGCUGACAUAUUGAAUAGGAAGUUCGUCGAGCAUGGAGAAUAUGAGAAAGCGUACUACGGCACGUCUCUGGAGGCGAUCCGCGAGGUGGUGAGCUCGGGCAAGAUCUGCGUACUGAACCUGCACCCGCAGUCGCUGCGGCUGCUGCGCGCCUCGGACCUCAAGCCCUACACUGUGUUUGUCGCACCUCCCUCGCUGGAGAAGCUGCGACAGAAGAAGAUACGUAACGGAGAGGCCUUUAAGGAGGAGGAAUUAAAAGAAAUAAUAGCGACGGCGCGAGACAUGGAGCUGCGCUGGGGACACCUGUUCGACAUGAUCAUCAUCAACAACGACACGCAGCGCGCCUACCAGCAGCUCCUCAACGAGAUCAACAGUCUGGAGCGCGAGCCGCAGUGGGUGCCCGCGCACUGGCUCAAGCACACCUAGCGCCCGCACACUGGCGCCCCCAACGCUAUCCGUACAUACGAUACCGAGACAUCGAUUCUACGACUCGGUAUAUCGAUACUUCACAAGCUGUAUCUAACGGCACAGCGAAUGGUUUUACAUUUGCUCGCUUUUUUAAAUCGGCGCGAAACUCCGCCUCUGAAUAGUGAUGUGAUCAGUGAUAAGUGCGAACUCGAUGUUAUAAAGUUUAGUGAUGUGCUCCCAAAGCUACCUUGUUUGAUUAAAGGUAAACGUUUGGAUUUGGAAACCGGUUUGUCCGCGCGGAUCGAGUGAGAACCGACGAACGACAAUCGAUAUUUCGUGUGUAACGAGUAUUAUUCGAAAAUCGAUAUGAAAAUGCACGGAAAUGGCAUUUUAGUACCGAAAUAAGUUUUUUUCAUGAUAAAACAGUGUUGUAACAUUGAUUAUGUUAUUAAAGCUAUCAUGUUAGUUUUUCUUUGUAAAAUUUAUUUACCAAAAUUAAUAUGUGAUGUAAAAUCAAAGUGUAACUUCUUUAUAAGCUCACAAUGGAUCAAAUCAAAGUCUUCCGAAUAUUCCGCUUUGUUACAAAUGUACCAUUUCCGUGUAAAUAGCGAAGAAUGGAAAAGUAAAGGAAAAAAAAUACGUUCAGUCAUGACAGUUUAAUGCAAUAAUUCGCCCUGUGGUCUUAUUCUAGGAUUUAAUCAAAUCUGUGUUUCUAGUUUAUAGAUAGCAGGUUUGAAUAAAAAAUAAUAACAAAUAUACUGCCUUAUUCGUAAACGUUGUAAAUUAUCAAAAACUGAUGUUAACGUUAAUUCAUUUUAUUAGAUGGAAAAAUGCGCUAAGUCCAAAUUAUUAAACGCAUUUUUUUUUAUUGAAAAAUAAUAUGUAAAAAGGCAAACACCAUUUUGUUUUUUGUAAUUAUGACUAUUUUUUUACAGAAACUCUAAAAAAGCACUUUGUGAUUUGUUACUCUUGAAUUAAACUGAAUAGUGAAAUUCGUGUUUGUUUUUUACGUACAGAUGCUUCCUUUUUUCGAAACCGAAAAUUUUAGUGAUGUGCCUUUCAUUAAUUUAAACGUCAAAGAUUAAACCAUAAACAAUAAAGCAACGGAAUUUAUAGUUUUAUAAAAUAAGAAAAAACUAUUAACCAUAAACUUGUCUAUUGUCAAAAUUUAUACAGUAGAAAUAAAAAUAUAGAACUUUUCAAAAAUCAUAAGUAGAUAGCCUUUGUGAAUUUCUCUUUCUAAAACGAGAGACAUUACUCUUCGUAUAGAAAAUUUAAAUCAUUGAAAUAAAUUUGACUAAGAUUAUAUCGCUAUAAUAGUGAGUAGAAAAGCAAUAUUUUAUAUCCAUGUAAUCUCCUACUGUACAACGACAUAUCUGUUUUUAUAUUAAAGUAAAUCAAAGUGGCCAAAAUAAAAUUCCUUUUUGUCAAAAAUACUAUUUUAAUGUACCCAUAUUUUUCGCUUAAAUUUAUCAGAUUAUAACUUUGUAUAUCAAAAACUACAAACAAAUAUACGUUGUUUUACACUGCGGGUUUGGAAGAAAACAACAACAUUUCUAAAACAGCAGCCAAGUUCUCGAACCUUGUAAAUGUUUCGAUAAUGCUUCACGAAAUUUUGUCACAAAAGUUUGUCAUUUACCUAUAUUUGUAGAGAUUUGUUACAAUUUUAAAGUUCUAUUCAAUAUUGUAUAUCUUUUAUUCCAUUGAAUUGAACGAAAUUUGUGAUUAUUUUAAAGGAAUUUUACCCAAUCGUAGUUUUAAUCAAAUCUGAAUUUAUUAGAAUCGAUUACAAUAAUAAUGCGGUAAUUAAUUUGUUUAUAAAUUAAUGUUUUAAAAACUAUUUAUAAACCAAGUUUUUAAAAGUCCACGAUUUUUAAAUUCAAUUAACUUGUAAGUAGAAAAAAAAUAUGCAUUCCAAAUGAUAUAGUGCCAAAUACAAAAUGGCCGCGAUGGAUUGCGGGCGUUGUAUGAAAUUUAUCAUUUGACGUUAUCACAAUAUAUAAAUUAACAAUGUUUAUUUUUAUCGUGUACGUUUGUAGUAUCUCGAAUAGUGACCACUUUGUUGUGUGAUUUUUGGGAUAUAGUGUAAUCGUGUUUUUUAAAAUUGAUUGUGAAAAUGCGUUUUAUUGUAAUUUGUAAGUUAUUAUGUAUCGGAGUAUAAAUUCAAAUAUAGCCUGUGGAGGUGCUAAAAUUGUUAACUGUUUUGUUCUAUCUUGUGUAUCUUUAUUGUUGCUCGGAGCGCGCAUGAGACAAGCAGGGACAUGGCAACAUUGCUUCAUGCGCGCUCGCUUGCGAACGCAGACUUGUCGGGAUUUCACAGUAUUGAUAUUAUCUAAUUUAUAAAUAGCUCUGUAAAUAAUAUUAACAAUUGAAUAAAUAAUGAAUAUAUUAUAAAAACAUGUUAAUAGAGAACAAUUCUGUGUAAAUAAUAGAGUACUUAUU